CACUUCAUUAUGCCCACAAGUGGCAUCGUUGGCGGUGGACCAAACGCUGAAAAUCCCUAUAUAAGCACUGGCUGAAACUCAUGUUAUUUUCCAUUCUCACCCAGACUUUUGACUUCAAUGUGCCCUGCUACCGAACCUCGAUCUUGUACUGGAGGUGCCAGCGAUGGCGAACCUACUUCAACAGCUGCCAACAACUCUACAGUGACCGACAGUGGUCUGCGUACGAGGUCUACUCUCAGACGUAUUCCAACAAUUGCGAAUCUAGCAAACCUUUUUGCAUCAAGCAAGAAUCAAGCCAUUUUGGAGAGCCCGCCGACUCUCGACAGGGAGUCGUCAUCUGCGUCGGUCGACACAAUCCGUCCUCUUCGAUCUGUUCAUCGACUUUUGGGCACGUCUGAGACAGGAUGUCCGGUCCCUUCUUCUCAGCACGCAGCCAAGAGCCCCACACCGUCUCCAAGUCCGACCAAGUCGCCUUCAAGGAAAUCUGGAGCUCGUCGACUGCAACGAUCCGCCACUUUAAGAUUGCAGGGCAGUACGGAAACGGACAUUACAAGCAUUACUUCUCGCAUUAUCCAGCGCCUCGCUGGCGUUCCCUCCAAUUCCGACGAUUCUGGAGACCUACAGCCCGCCUCACAGUCUACGACCAGCGAUACGUUCGGGAAGUAUGCCUUAGAAGAUCUUAACAUGGAAGUCCGCUGCUACGAUCGCCACGUCACGACCUGGGAUGACCCUGACCACGCGUUCUUCAUCUUCCCAGCGCAACUGCUGAUUACAUGCACCUCUACAUGUGAUUUCGAUCCCCUGGUUGGUCCGCAAGUCACCGUUGCCGAUCUCGUCUGCACUACAGUGGCAAUUAAUGGCCCAAACAAGUCCCAUCGCCAAAUUUCGUUGAAGACGUUUUACGACGGCGCCACGAUACGCUACGUCAAGGAUACGCCCACACCCGAUGUGUCUCGAGGGAUUCAUAUUGAGCGUGGCCCAUGGUGUUCUACCAUGGACGGGGACGGCAAUUUCGGGUGGUACAUGUGCUUCUGGAUUCCAAUCCCAUUCGCCCUCUUUCAGCGAGCAGAGACAAGAGCUUUCAAGAUAGAUGCCAGGGUACAUGUCAACGGAGAUGAGGGUAAAGAAGGGCAUUUAAUAGCUUCGAGUGAAUUCACAUUGUCGAGGUUGCUGAGAGGUCUAGCGAUGUAAAUAAAGAACCGCAUGAAUAUCACAUAUUGGCGCCUAUAUUUCAUACUGCAACGCUUGUAGUUGGGUACAAUAAAACUACC